UCUAUUUAGAAUCUCAUACUUGAAGUAAACUCUCACAAGAUCCCAAACCUUCUCUAGUUUGCUAACUUUUAUAUGGCUAAUCUCGGGUCCAGUAAGGAUCUUAAAUAAGAUGAGAACACUUUUUGUUCUUUUUAUCUUUAUUGCCGGAACUGCUGCAGAGUGCUGUCAAAAAAGAAGGAUUGAGCCAGGUUUGGGAACAUUUGUCUUCACUACAAAGCUAAGCCUACCAUUUCCAGCAGGCUGUCAUAACAACUGCGGGUACCUCAUGGAGGGGGAUACUAGAGAAGAAAUCUACUGUUUUGAUGAUGCUCCAGCAACAACUGAAGAGAAAGACACUGGGAUACUACUUAUUAUUCAGGGUCCAAACUCAGAUCAGAGUCAUGAAUGUGACAUCACACCGGUUGAUCUAGUAGAGUUAAAUUCAGGAGGAGUAAACUGGGAAACCAUUAAGCUACCGGAGAAGAUCGAAGCUCAGCAAGUACAUCAUAAAAGGAGAUUAUACACAGGUGUAAAUGAUCACUUACUUAUCCAUGAUAUUCCCGGCUCUCCUAUUGAUCCGGAUGAAUUCAGAGCAUCUGAAAAUUUGGGCGAUGAAUUCUUUGGUAAAGACAACCACAAUGAUCCUAUUGAGAGUGCUGGUCUGUUUGAGGGUGAUAUUGAUAAUGUUUCUAUGAAUGGACUUUUCAAAAUCAAAGGAUUAAAGAAUGCUCUCAAAGACGGCUCACGAAAGGAACACUUCUUAAACAACUAAUUUAGAAAAGUAACAAC